GAAAAAUCCUCUAUGACUCCGUGAUGGAAUCCUCAAAACCCAUUAUCACCGUCCCAGGAGUAACUUCAAUCGUCUUCUUCAUAGUUGUCAGCUUCAUCAGAACUGGUAUUUCUCAGACACCGAAUUACGUUGGAGACGACUGUCAUAACAAGACUUCACAAGCUCUUACAGCCUCCUACAAAGCCAACCUUAACCAGCUACUCUCAAGGCUGUCCAACGAUGCUUCCAUGAGCAAACACUUCAGCAACAACGCCAUCGGAAACACCACUAACGCCGCCGUGUAUGGCCUCUACGACUGCCGUGAUGAUGUUGCUCAAUCCUUCUGCCAGUUCUGUGUCUCCACUGCCACGAGAGAGGUUCUCCAACGUUGCCCAAGUCAAUAUUCUGCUGUAAUAUGGUACAGCUACUGCAUCCUGCGAUACUCUAACGAGAACUUCUUUGGGAAGGCGAUGAUGAGCCUGUCAUGGUCGGCGGAAGGAGAGAAGAAGGUGUUGGAUCCGAUGGAGGGGAAGAAGGUGGAGAGUUACAUAAGAAGUCUGAUCGGGGAAGCCACGGAGGAGACAAACAGAUUGAGCGCAUGGGGAGAGUUUAAUUUAGGUGGUGGAACAAGAUAUGCGCUGGUACAGUGCAGUAAAGACCUUACCAGUGAGGGUUGUAGGCAGUGUUUGGAGGCUAUGGUGAACAAGGCAAUUCAAUGCUGUGAGCAGAAGCAAGAUUGGCAAGUGGGAACGCCAAGCUGUAUGGUCAAGUACACUAAUUACAUGUUUUACCAGUCACCAUUUUCUCAUAAUCCUAGUACAGCCAAUCAUGGAGUUAGCAAGUCAAAAGCCUUGAUCAUAAGCACAAGUGUAUUAGUAACUGUGACUGUACUCAGUUUUUCUUUCUACCUCUUCAGACGAAGCAAGAGGAGGAAAGAUGAAACGUCAUUGGAGAGCACUCCAAUAGUUUAUGACCCUUCCCAAAGAGAUAGUUCACUAAAUACUGACCUUCCCAUUGUCCCUUUGCUUGCGAUUCAACACAGCACUCAUCACUUUUCAGAAGAUUCUAAAUUGGGAGAAGGUGGAUUUGGCCCUGUCUAUAAGGGAACACUACCAAAUGGAAAGGAAAUUGCUGUGAAAAGACUCUCUCAAACUUCAGGUCAAGGUUCACAGGAAUUCAUGAAUGAAGUGAUAUUCAUAGCAAAAUUGCAACAUAGAAACCUUGUUAGACUUUUGGGUUGUUGCAUGGAGGAAAAUGAAAAGUUGCUUGUAUUGGAGUACAUGCCAAAUUCUAGCCUUGAUUCACACCUUUUUAAUGAAGAAAAUAGAAAGAAACUGGAUUGGAAACAAAGAUUACAUAUUAUUAAUGGAAUUGCAAGAGGACUUUUGUAUCUUCAUGAAGAUUCUCGACUUAAAGUAAUUCAUAGAGAUUUGAAAGCCAGCAAUAUCCUUUUGGAUUAUGAGAUGAACCCUAAAAUAUCAGAUUUUGGAUUGGCAAGAACCUUCGAAGGAGUGCAAAAUCAACAAAAUACAAGACGAAUAAUGGGUACAUAUGGUUAUAUGGCUCCGGAAUAUGCUAUGGAAGGAUUAUUUUCAGUGAAAUCAGAUGUUUUUAGUUUUGGAGUUCUUUUACUAGAAAUUAUAUGCGGGAAAAGGAUUAGUGGCUUCUAUCUCUCUGAACAUGGUCAAAGUCUUAUACUUUAUGCUUGGAAUUUGUGGUGUGAAGGAAAAUGGUUGGAGUUGAUGGACCCAAUACUAGAAAAUUCAUACAUUGCAAAUGAUGUUUUGAAGUGCAUACAUAUUGGUUUACUUUGUGUUCAAGAAGAUGCAGCAGAUAGACCAACCAUGUCCACUAUUGUUGUCAUGCUUGCAAGUGACACAAUGACCUUUGCCAGACCUAAUCGUCCUGCAUUUUCAGUAGGAAGAAUGGUCCUAGGAGAUUCAUCUACUUCAAAAAAUUCCAAAGAUGCUUCUAUUAAUGAGGUAACCUUGUCUCACAUCAAACCCAGGUGAAAACUAAUUUGAUAGAUGACUAUAUAAAUCCUCUAUAUAGCAACUACAAAAUCAAGUGGGCUUUUUUCAUCUUCUUAAGCUAGAUGAAGAAGAAGACAUUGGACAAUCUGGAACAAGGUUUAAUUAUCAAUUAAAACCAAAUGAUGAGAUAAGACUUCUAGGUUAUUAACUACGACAUAUGAAAGAAAUUCGCAUCGGUCCGUCCCUGCCUAAAGUGUAUUUCUGGGUAUGUAUCUUAUGACGCCCUCACGUCUUAUAUAGUUAUCAAAGAAGGUGAUAAAAUGGUCGGAUAAAAGUGUAAAAUUUUAUCCUUUUUACAAAGAAGGCUUCUCAUAUUCACUACUUAGAAUUUAA